CAACGCCUUCGUGUAUACCGAAGAAAGUUGUUCGCUAAACGAAAGAGUUUGAGCCAAGAAAUUUGAGCCAGUGAGAAAGUUCUGGCCAUACGUAUUAUCGUUCUGCACCCACAGAUUGCUUCCUCUCGUCUAUUGAGAAGACCACGUAGGAAAUCCUCGGAGUAUAUAAACAUCUCUUCGAGUCUGCCAUUAGACUCGCUAAAAGAUUAUUUAAACCAAAUCAGAAUGAAGUCUCAAGAUCUCAUCGUUUUAGCUGCAUCAGUUGUUUCCAUUUCAGGAAUGUUUACUCCCGGAAAAGGAAACCCCGCACUGGGAAGUCUCGAGAUUCCGGAAGAGAAACCAUUUCCCAAAGAAUCAUUACAUCCCGAUUUAGAAGAAGUCCCCCCCCCCAUCAAAAGACCCGAUUCACCACCUAGAAAUCCUUUUGGUCAGCAUGACAGCAAACCAAAUGGUGAACUCUUCCAGGAUUGGUCGCAAGGACCGUCAAAACCCGAAACUCAGGAACACGAAUACCAGGACAUCCGAUAUGGAGGAUACGGAAAUCCCCCUAAAAGCUAAAUUUCACAGAGUCCAGCCUUAGUGCAUUGCCUGCACCUUGCGAAGCUUCGUUUUUCUUCGAAAGUUGAAGUAUCACGCUGAGGCAAGGAGAGAGAACUGGUCACUCUAAGGUUAGUUGUGAGAGGACCUACAUAUUUGAAUCAUUUUGUUGGCAUCAUAAAAUUAACCGUCCCUUGUUGUAAGUCGACGAGUAAAAAAGAUGCAAAGUAUAUAAAUCAUCAAAUAAAAGUUCAGUCAAAAUU